CUGCCACUGGCAGUGGUACAACUAACCACUCGAAUCCAUGUACCUGUUUGACAUGUAUACAACAACUGUCCACUUGUGUCGGAGUUCUUCACAGCGCAAUCCAUUUGGACACUGACACGCGGCGUUUCGCCGCUGAAACUCGAGCAACUGGCACUGCAGUGGUGCCCUUUGUCGCUCGGUGUCCCAACUGGACUCAAUGCCGCCUGCUACGACUUUACCCUUCUAGACCAGUACUUCUUUCUACCUGUACAUACAUCGCCCGACUACUGGCACGACGGUGUUUAAUUAGUAGUUCGAGUUCCUCAGUCGCCUCGCCACGGCCGAACCAUGUCGUCAACAAAUGCGGGUUCAAUGCCCCCUGGAGACCAGAAAUCCAAGAAAAAGAAAAAGUCCAAGAAGAAAGGAGGCAACACCGCGCCGUCACAGUCUGCAGCGGUAGACGUCUUCACAAUUCCCGUCGAGGCUGAGCCUGAGCCGGAGGCCGACGCUGAGAAUGCCGAUGUCGACGAACUGCAGGAAAAGGCAGAUGCAGUGGAUACUGAAGAGGGUCACGAUGCGCAACAUGGGAAUGAAACAACGUCCGUCGGGGUGGACGAUGGAGGAGAACCAGGAGCGGCGGAGGAUGCAGAUGCAAAUGCAGAUGAAAAGGCAGAUGAAGAACCAGAACCAGAACCAGAACCAGAACCCAACCCAGAUACAAAAGAAGAGACGCAACGGCCAAGGCAAGGAAAAGAUACAAAUCCGACAAUCGCUGAACCUGAAACCAGAGACACGACGAGCUCCUCCGCAAACCUGACCAAUGGAGUUGCCAAUGCUACAAGGAAUACCCAUGAAAAUGACGAUGACACAUCCGCCCGGUUUGACGCGCUGGUCAAAGACCGAGACGUCCUCCGUGCCGAAGUCAGUCAGUUGCGGCAGUCGCUUGAGCAAUUGCGGUCCAAGCAUGCCGCUGAGAUUGAGACGAUCCAGACCGAGCUGGCCGAGACGCAAGCCGAGAAAGAAAGCGCCGAAGAACAAUACCAGUCACUCCUGGGCAAAGUCAACACUAUCCGCUCCCAGCUUGGAGAGCGGUUGAAAGCCGAUGCUGAAGACCUAGCACAAGCCCGAACCCAAAUCGAGGAACUCGAAGAGCAGAAAUCAGAACUACAAGAGCGGUACACGGCGAGAUCGGCCGAGGUCGAGGAACUGACGGCGCGCAAUCAAGAGCUCUCGACCAAAGUGGCGGAACAAUCCAAGGAACUAUCGAGUCUUCGCAACCGGAUGACGCUCGCGCAGCAAAACUGGCUGAAAGAAAAAGAGGAGCUGGUCGAGCAGGAGGCUUAUAUGCGCGAGGAGUUCGAAAAUGCCAAACAGGCCAUGCACGACUGGGAAGUGCUGGCCAUGGAGGAACGCACUGUUCGCCGCGACCUGACUGAUCGCAACGCCGAUCUCGAGGAGCAGGUCUCCACGCUGAAAGAGGCGUACGAAAAGGCCGUGGGCGAGCGCGACAUCAAUGCGGCCACCGUCGACGGCCUGCAGAAGGCUUUGCAUGAGAUUCAAACUGUUCGAAAACAGGAGCUCAAGGAACUCGUCGAAGCGAGCCAGAAGGAGCAGGAUGACUUACGUGCUCAACUUCAGGAACUCCAAACUAAACAUGAUGCUACUUUGGUUGAGUUGGAGCAGACCAAGAAAGAGCUGGAGAGGGCCCUUCCGUUUGAAAAGGAAGUCAAGGAAAAGAACUUGCUCAUCGGCAAGUUAAGGCACGAGGCUGUCACUCUCAAUGAUCAUCUGACCAAGGCGCUGAGGUUCCUCAAAAAGGGCAAGCCGGAGGAUAAUGUGGACAGACAAAUCGUCACAAACCAUUUCCUCCAAUUCCUGGCCCUCGAUCGCGCCGACCCCAAGAAAUUCCAGGUCCUGCAGCUCAUCGCCGCACUGCUGGGAUGGACCGAAGAACAACGCGAACAAGCGGGUCUCGCACGGCCUGGCGCCCACAGCUCCACAGGCGGAUCGACAUCGAACUUGGGCUCCCUCCGCCUGCCUGGGUCACCACUCGUCCACCGCACCCCCAGCACGCCGGCAUUGCAUCAUGAAUACUUUGGUCCUGAUACCAUGUCUACUCCGGGCGCGAGCAGCAAAGAGUCCCUGGCAGAGCUGUGGCAGCAUUUCUUGGAACAGGAGGCCGGAGCGAAUGCCGCUCGGGCAGGGACAGGAACAGGAGCUGGCACGAGCAAAUCAAGGCAAGGUAGUUAUAGCAGCACAACUUUGCCGCCACCCACGCCGAAAUGAAACACUACAUCUAUCGUCGCUGCAACACGGGACGCGCAGAUACCACCCACAGCUUAGCGAAACAUAAGGCAUUUUCAAAAGGACUACCUUCUGCAUGUGGCCACACGCAUUACCCUGCUCCUCGUGUUCACAAUCUGGUUCGAAGACUUUGGGGCGAUGAACCGGGGUUUGGACGACUUCGCUGGCAAAAGCAUACACGGAAUGUAAUAGUAUCUGCCUCGGAUACGGUAGAUGUAGGGCUUUUGUGAAAGGGAGAAGUACCACGGGAUAUACAAUAGCGACUCACAUGGCACUCCACGACUGAUAUAGUGUAUCACAAUUUCCAACAACCUGA